AUGCUUAUUCCUUUCUCUCUCCCUUCCAUCGUUGUGGCUCUUGCCCUCUCCGUGGCUGCUGCACGAGUUGCCACACCCAGAGACCCUCCUGCCCUGGACGGGUCUGGUACCAAGACCGCUGCUAGCGUUUGGGAUUCAGUCGCUUCCACACACUCCGCCUGUAUUCAAUACCUCGAUAUUAGCCUACUCGAGUCAACCGACGUCUGUACUCCCGGAGCGCGCGCCGUGCCCAUGCUCAAGGCAGCAAUCACGGCUGCGGCUGCGGGUGUUACUUCUACUACAAUGUACGCGGACAAUCCUCGGCGCCGUCAACUCGACGAGCUCUGCGCCGGCACGCACUGCACUACCAUCGCUCCGCGUCGCGCUGGGUCUCUCGCCACUCAGACGGCGGCUUCCGCUCGGAUCCGCCCCAGGCGCGCAUCAAGGCGCCCUGCUUCACGUCGCCCUAUGGAGGGCUUCAUGUCGUCAGGGAACGGGAUGUCUAUCGCGCCCACGGCAGUUGCGGAGAAUACGAUCAAGAAUGUAGCCGUGACGACCCGUCUGCUUGCCUCCACUCUCGUGCCAGCUAGCGUCAUCUGUGGCCACCCCACUACCGCCGUCACGUCCAAUAGCUCAAACAAGCCCUGCUUCGAGCGUAACAUGACUGGACGCCUGAUCCAGAGUAAGAACGAGGACAUCGACAUCAAGCGGCGUCGCUCGCAUCACGUCAAGAACUUCGCAUUGCUGCGGUUCUUGAUUUGA